AUGGCCUCUAUUAAAAUUCCACUUUUGAUAAUACUUUUUCUUUUUGUAAUACAAGUAGAUUUGUUGGAUUUGGGAAAAGAUUACGUAUUACAAACUACUCCAUCAUCAUUGGCUGAAUGGAUUUCUCGGUUUGGUAUUCCGGCCAAAAUAACAACGGAUCGAGGACCACAGUUUCAAGCCCAUCUCUAUCGAAAAUUCGCGGAUCUGCUUGGCGUACAACUAAUUUCCACAUCAGCGUACAAUCCUAGAGCGAAUGGAAUGAUCGAAAGAUUUCAUCGUUCUCUUAAAGCAGCUAUCAAAGCUUCAUCCGGUAAUUGGGAAGAAGUGCUUCCGUUAUUCUUAUUAGGUCUUCGUACCGUUGUCAGAGAAGAUCUCAAAAUCAUCUUCCGCAGAAAUGCAGAUUUUGAAAAGUUACGUUUUAUAUGACGAGUCUAAAAGUUCGAAAACUAAAAAAUUCGAAUUUUUUC